CAACGCGCCACUUUUCCCACCCCACCCGACCCCACUUUGAUCCAUAAUCCUCUCCCUAUCUAUCUCUUUCUCUGCAAACAUAACCAUUUCCUUCCCCUCCAAUUUUCUUCGACGUUAUUCAUGUAUUAUUCCGCAUCCAUGCCUCCAAGAAAGCUUCUUGUUUUCUUGGCAAUAUUUCUUGCUGUUCACUUCGCCUUCUCUGAACCUUCUUUGGCCUCAGCCAACGAUGUCAAUCUCGAUUUCCUUUCUUUCACGCUCCGCAACUUCACUCUCCUUGGUGACUCCUACCUCCGAAAUGGAGUCGUCGGGCUCACCCGAGAGCUCGGCGUGCCCUCUUCCGGCGCCGGCACCGUCAUCUACAACGAACCCAUCACCUUCUUCGAUCCCGAAUCCAAUGUCACGGCCUCUUUCUCCACUAGUUUCUCUUUCUCCAUUCUUAAUGUCAAUCCCAGCUCCUAUGGGGACGGCUUAGCGUUCUUUCUCUCGGCUGAUAACCAGACUCUUGGGAGCCCAGGAGGAUAUUUGGGCCUCGUUAAUUCGUCCCAGUUGACCAAGAACAAGUUCGUGGCAGUUGAACUCGAUACCCGCCUCGACACGCACUUCAAUGACCCGAACGAUAAUCAUGUCGGGUUGGACAUCGAAAGCCUUAAUUCUAUCAAGACCGGGGAUCUACUCUUGCAGGAGAUUGAUCUCAAGAGUGGCCAUUCGAUCACAGCUUGGAUUGAUUACGAUAAUGAUAUAGGAAAGCUUAAUGUUUCUUUAAGUUAUUCGAGCUUUAAGCCCAAGAAGCCGGUGCUGAGUGUUGAUAUUGACCUUAGUGAUUAUCUCAAGGAGGUCAUGUAUGUGGGAUUUUCGGCUUCGACCGAGGGGAGUACCGAGCGUCAUUUGAUUGAGACUUGGAGUUUUACUACUUCCGGUUUUGUUCCGGCGAGGCCAAGGUCACAUCCCCACAAUGUGUCUGAUACCUCGGUGACGGUCACCCCACCCAUUCCUGUUUCGAGUUCCAGUGGUAAACAUCACAGUAGGAUUGGUUUUGGUUUUGGGAUCGCUGGUCUGGCCUUCUUCUUCGUAGUUCUUGCGGUUUUCGGUUUCGUUUCUCUUAGGAAAUUGAGAGGCAUCAGGAAGCAGAUGAGCUUCAAAGCGGAGCUGCUUACAGGGCCAAGAGAAUUUACUUACAAGGAGCUAAAGUCAGCCACAAAGGGGUUUCAUUCCAGCAGGAUAAUUGGCCACGGUGCGUUUGGGACGGUUUACAAAGCAAUCAUCACCUCGUCUAAAAUGGGAACGAUGGCCGCAGUAAAAAGAUCGAAACACUCCAACGAAGGGAAGACUGAAUUUCUCUCAGAACUGUCUAUUAUAGCUAGUUUGAGGCACAAGAAUUUGGUUCAGCUCCAAGGUUGGUGUGUUGCUGAGGGUGAGUUGCUGCUUGUUUAUGACUUCAUGCCCAAUGGGAGCCUUGAUAAGGUGCUGUACCAAGAAUCUGGGCAAGGCACUUUGUUGGAUUGGUCGCAUAGGCUUAACAUUGCGAUCGGGUUGGCUUCUGUUCUGACAUAUUUGCAUCAAGAAUGUGAACAGAAAGUCAUUCACAGAGACAUAAAGACAGGGAAUGUGUUGCUGGAUGGGUGCUUUAACGCGAGGCUGGGUGAUUUUGGAUUGGCAAAACUCAUGGACCAUGACAAGAGCCCUGACUCGACUCUUACUGCUGGAACAAUGGGCUACCUUGCACCUGAGUAUCUUCAGUAUGGGAAAGCAACUGACAAGACAGAUGUUUUUAGCUACGGUGUGGUUAUACUUGAAGUGGCUUGUGGGAGAAGGCCAAUUGAGAGAGAACCAGAAAGUCUCAAAAUGGUGAAUUUGGUUGAUUGGGUGUGGGGAUUGAAUGCAGAAGGAAGGAUAAUUGAAGCAGCUGACUCAAGGUUGAAUGGGGAGUUUGAGGAGGAAGAGAUGAGGAAGCUGUUACUGGUGGGCUUGAGCUGUGCAAACCCGGAUAGCGCAAAGAGGCCUUCAAUGAGGAGAGUCCUACAGAUCCUUAAUAAUGAGGCGGAGCUACUAGCUGUGCCAAAGAGGAAACCUAGUAUCACUUUCUCUUACUGCUUGCCUUUGAGCCUGGAUGACAUUGUUUCAGAAAGUGAAGAAGAGUGCGAGACCCUCACCUCUUUGUGUGAGAUUAAAAUAGACUGAAGGAAGAAUUCAUGUUUUCAGCUUGUGCAGAGCGUAUUGAUUGCUCGAUUAUUUCAUUCUUUUAGUUCUAUUGUAGUGUUAUCAAGUCUCUAAUUCAGAAAAUAGAGGCUGUAGUUUCACUGGCGUGAGUUCAAAACAAUUCCAUUGAACUAUCUGGUCUCUGCUGUAUCCACUGGCAUAAGAAACUUUCUUAAAUGUCUUAAAAAAUGUAUUGGUUCUCUGCCAUAACUCA